GGGCCUCGCAGUGGCCAGCGCAGGCGGCGCGGCUCGCGCGGGGACAGCGGGCACCGGGCAUCGACAUGGCGGCUCCGGCGGCCACGGCGGCGGCGAAAGGCAGGAAGAGGGGCCCGGGGCCGCUGGCCACCGCGUACCUGGUCAUCUACAACGUGGUGAUGACGGCGGGGUGGCUCGUUAUUGCGGUUGGUCUGGUGAGGGCAUACCUGGCCAAAGGGAGCUACCACAGCCUUUAUUAUUCCAUCGAAAAGCCUUUGAAAUUCUUCCAAACUGGAGCCUUAUUGGAGAUUUUACAUUGUGCAGUAGGGAUCGUCCCAUCUUCUGUCGUCCUGACUUCAUUCCAGGUUAUGUCAAGAGUUUUUCUAAUAUGGGCAGUGACACAUAGCGUCAAAGAGGUCCAGAGUGAAGACAGUGUCCUCCUGUUUGUCAUCGCCUGGACAAUCACAGAGAUUAUCCGCUACUCUUUCUAUACGUUCAGCCUUUUAAACCAUCUGCCUUACCUCAUCAAGUGGGCCAGGUACACACUUUUCAUUGUGCUGUACCCCAUGGGCGUGUCAGGAGAGUUACUCACAAUAUAUGCUGCUCUGCCCUUUGUCAGACAGGCGGGCCUGUACUCCAUCAGUUUACCUAACAAAUACAAUUUCUCCUUUGACUAUUAUGCAUUCCUAAUACUGGUAAUGAUCUCCUACAUCCCACUUUUUCCCCAGUUAUACUUCCACAUGAUCCACCAGAGAAGAAAGGUUCUUUCUCAUACUGAAGAACACAAGAAAUUUGAAUAGCUCCUGCGUCCUGCACCUACUCCUUUCUCCUCCCUCCCAAAAACAAACAAACAAACUUUUCAAUGAUCAAAAAUGCUGCAGACUUUUUGAGUUCCCAGUCGUUUCAUAGAAAAUACAUAAGAACUAUUUUUAAAAUAUUAAAAAAGAAGAAGAAACCAAAAUCCAGUGUCACCUGGGCCUGGGGUUUUAUAUUUAAAAAAAAAAAAUCUGUUCCAUGAAAGAUCCUGACCAAUCCAUUUCCGCAUGCUCUUUCAGCCAGAAGUUCUAAUAUUUAUGAUGGCACUAGAAAGGGAUUUGGCGCUUUCUACCCUCCUGUUUUCUUCCUGAUAACUAGAGCUCCGUAGCGCUCGCUGCUGAGAGCCCCGGCGGAGCUGGCUGGCCUCGGUAGAGAGCCCUCCUCCGUCUGCAGUGUUCCACGUCCCUUGACAAAGUGCUUGACUGCAUGCUGGAAACGACUUGUAUUUUUGAAGCAGCAAACUCUGUUCUUUGGAAUGCUCUAAGGUGCAUCAUGACUGGGACCUUGCCCUUCCUAGCUAGUGAAUGAAAUAUGCAAUGUAUAUGUCUGUGAAGCUUGGGGUAGACCCAGAACCAGAAACCGA